AUGUCAUCACCACAAGUCAAGUCACCCUCUCAAAAUACUGGUUCAUCUUUAUUACCAGAAGACUACCUCUAUUACUUGGACUAUCUACCAGAUUUACAAAAGUGCAUCAAUUUAUUCAUGACUUUCACGCCGCUCUUCUCAUAUGGAUCAACAUGCAUAUCAAUCUACAAACGACAAACAUCUUUGGGGUUCAGUAUAGACAUUUGUGGCACAAUGUUUAUGGCGAGCAUAUUGCGUAUUUUCUACUACUUGUGUCAACCAUAUGAGAUAACCUUGUUGCGACAAUCAAUAGUUAUGAUUAUUAUCCAGUUUUUUUUGCUUCGAAUAAGUUUACGAUAUCGUCCUCAUAAUUAUGAUCCAGAGUUGCUCACUCCAUUACCGAGAUGGGAUCAAGAAUUUGAAAUGAAUUUACCACGCCGAUUAAGUGCUCUGAAUUAUAUUGUUGAACACAAGAAUUAUACAUCGUUGGGGUUACUCAAUCGGUUGGUUAUGCAGUUGAAUGAUGGUGUUUGUGUAAGUUGGAGUUAUUUCAAAACUGCGUUUAAACAAGUAUUGAGAUUAUUUGACGUUUACUAUAAACGACCAGGAUUGUUUUGGCAAUGGUUGGAUCAAUCUUCAUAUUGGAUGUUUCUUGGUGGAUUUACAACUGGUUUUGCAAUGUUGACACUAAUGUUCCAUAAUAAUGUCACUUAUGCAAAUACCAUUGGCAUAUUGGGUCUCUUCAUUGAAUCAUUGUUGCCGAUCCCACAAAUUCUCAUGUUGAAUCGGAUCCAAUCGGUUGAAAAUUUCAAAAUCAUUUUGCUCCUAUCGUGGCUAGGUGGUGAUUGUACAAAGAUUUCGUACUUGUUAUACGGCACCAAUGACGUUUCGAUUAUUUUUAUAGCUGCCGGGUUAUUUCAAAUGAGCUUGGAUGUAUAUAUUGCAUUUCAGUACUUGUCAUUAAAAUAUGGGGAUUCAUGGUUUAAGCAGCAAAUAAUGGGGAUGGAAACUAACCCCAAUAGGAAAUCAGUUGAUGAUAUUGUUGAUAACUUGGUAUUGAAUGCUGCUAGCAAUCCUCAUGGAAUGUAUCCAAGAAGUAGCAACGGUGAACAAGAAGAAGAAUAUGAAAUGAGUGUAUUCGAUUCUGAAUGCAAGAGUCGAUCAGCAAGAGGGUCCCCAUAA